CGCUAACGACCUGCUCAAUCAAAAUAUUGUGACUUCAAAGGCUUCUGAGGAGAUGAUUUUGCGGUUUAUGAGGGAAAAAUCACCACAGAUCUGAAUGUUUCCCCCUUCGUAGUUUGUCUAAUGGGUUAGAGAGUCAUGGAGGAAGUGUUGUCUAGUUUGGCGCACGACGCCACGUCAAGUAAAGCAAAGAACCUACGAGACGCGUGUAUUUCGGCGACGGAUGCGCUUUUCAUCAAUCGAAAUGGGACACGUAAACUCCAGCCCCAUGAGCUUCGGGAAAAGUGUUUUCUACCGCUCAAACUGGCGCUAGAGUCGAGGUCGAGCAAGUUUUCGCUACACGCUGUAAAUGGAUUGCAGAAGUUAAUUUCUGAUGACCGCUUUCGGUCGGAGAAUGAAGAAGACCCUGAAAGUCAGCUUCCGGUUCAGUUUCUUGCCACAGUAGCGUCCACUCCUACACUGGCAGACGAAGUCCAGGUCGAAGUUAUGAAGCUGCUGCUGAUCAUAACCUGUUCCGCGUCGUGUGAAGUUCAUGGAGAAUAUCUGAUUAAACUGGCUGAGAUAUGCAUCGAGACGUACACCCGUGCACAUCAAAUCGCCACCAAGACAGCUUGCAGAGCUACCCUAACACAGAUGCUUAGCUCAGUGUGUCAUCGCCUGCAGGACAGCAUAGCAACUCCUUUGACAUCUAAAACUUCCUCGUCGGACUCCAAGAUCAUCAAACACACGAAUCUUUUUUCCACGGACCAUGCCAAGUUGUUGAGCCAAGAUGUGGUGCUGUUACUGAAACACUUUUGCUUCCGACUGACCGCAGGACCUAGCGUACCGGUGCAAGGCGGCCAGGCCAUUCCAUUGUACCUGGAAGCCAUCUUGGUUAUGCUUAGCAGCCUAUCCACAGCCUUACAACAGGAAAAAGAGUUUAUAAACGUUAUCUGGCAACUCUUAUGCCCCGCCCUGAUUCAGUUGUUGGGGAGUCCUCUUACCGACCUGAACAAACGACCAAAAACUGUGACUCCUUUCCCUGAGGAAAUCAACCGAGGAGGGCGUGGAACGGGGAACUUUGCCAAGUCGUCGUCGGUUGUAGGACCCAUACCAAGGACUAUCUAUAACAUAGCUACAGAGCUCCUACGCCUUGUGGGUCCCUUAGCCGCCAUGAGGCCUGUGUUGGAGUCGCUGUUUCAUCGCAUCAUUCUGUAUCCUCCAGCUCAGCAGAGAGCAGAGGCACUGAAAGCAUUGAAGGAGUUCCUCUCCAGUCCUCAACGGCUGCUGGAUGCCGCUGGUCCAACGAUUAUUGACAAAGACAAUCCCCCGUCACCAGACUCACCGACUGAGCAGAAGAAAACGGAACUGGAUUUGCUGCGACUUUUAAUGGAUGGCAUUGUGGAAUCCGCUCGCUGCACCGACAGUACAGUGGCCAGCUGUAGUGUAGCAUGCGUGGUAGCGUUGCUGGGGUCCUUAGAGGACUUGAGUCAAGGACGAGGCUUGAGUGAUGAACACAUUGAAUUUUUAAGUAAAAUGAAAGAAACUGAUAAUUGGGAGUUGCUCAAGGAGCAAUACGAUAAUGCCGCUUCUGCACGGGAAACAGGAAAUUCUCUUAAUGGAAAAGUAAAUGGAGAAAGGAGUGCCUAUAGACGUGGUAACCGAUGGGAAAUUAAUUCCCAGAGAUCUCCGGACGGGGAUAUCGAAUCUCUAACCGAGCGGUUUGAGGAAAACGGAGGGGCCUGGGACAGCCUUACGGAUGGAGAACUCAGGAAUGAUGUUUCAGAUGAAGAACCUGAAAUCAGACCCCUUACUCCUAAGAGCGUCCACUUCGCCUCCGAAGACGAAAUCGCCAUGUUUGAAACACACGAAUUCGAGAAUAUCAAAAACUCACGGUUUAGUAAUGCAUCGCGAUCAGGGAUUCCUCGUAAGAGCAGCCUCCCUAAAAGAGUUGGUUCCAGUCCCCAAGGUAACAUGCGCACAAUUGUGAAACGAUCCUCAUCUUUUGAUAGUAAAACGCGACAGAAACCGACCGUGCAAAAACGAACCAUGAAUGGGCAUGCGCAUCAACGGGAACGCGCUGGUUCAGAUAAUGGCGCACUGCAGGAAAGAAAAACAAACCUUUUGGCAUCAGAUGCGCAAAACAGCUCUAUAAGAGUGGGCAAGUUUGCUUUACGAAGAUGCUUCUCUGACAAUGAAAUUUCAGUUAGUAAGAGUUCCACUUCUAAUUUACAGCGGUUUCCCUUGCGAAAAUCAAAUUCUUGGGCGGCGCUUACUACUGACAACUUUGAAAUUUCUUCAGCUGAUAAUGAAAAAAGGAAAAGCAGUCAGCAAAAACGUAACAUUAGAGGUGGGAUACCGAGGCCACGCACGCAGUCUUCCAGUGAUUCGUCAUUCAAUGCUAAGCCCGGCCUAAGGCGUUUAUCAAAUGAUGGGAAAACAGUCGAGCCAAUGAACAGAAAACCCUUGGAACAAACAUCACCAACACACAGAAAAUAUGUUGAAUCCAAAGCAAAUAAAAUAGAAGCAAGAGAAAAGGCUUUGAGGGAGGAGAGAGAAAGAGAAAAAGACCGAUCGCCAACAAAAGGCUCUCGGCCGACACUUCGGAGAACUCGUUCGACUUCGGAAUACGAUCGUAGACUACAGAAUGGCAACGGUGAUAAGCCGAAGGGAAUUCUACUGAAAAGCCAGAGUAUAGACGAACCUAAUCCGUCGACCACUAACACGCUCAAGAAAAAUUCAUCACAAGGCGUAAAAAUCAACGGUGUUUAUGUUAAGAAAGGAAACGAAAACUCCUCGUCGGUCAAGUCACCGGAUAAAAAGAAAGUAAGAGAUGUCAAGAAGAGUGUUGAGGAAAACGAGAAAGAAGGUGCACGGAACUUCGCUCGUUGUUUGCUUGGCAUUCUUCCAUCUGUGUUAGGUCUGUCUGAUCCAGUAGCUGUUGACGAGGCCUUGCAGCAAUUCGCUUCCGAUGUCUGCGAAGCGGUUACCUGCAUGGCACUCAAGCGAAAGAACGUUCCAAACUUCGGUACACUUCGUGGACGAUCGGAUUUGGUCGAUGAAAAGUCGGGAGAAGGAGCGACUUCGGAUCCUAGUUUUCCUAUUCUUAACGCAGAUGGUGUUUAUGUUACCGUAUACGCUACGUUGACACUGAAUUUAAAACUGUUAAAGAGUGGUUACUAUCAGAAGAAGCAACCAACGCCAGGAUUAGCACAGGACGACUUCAUCGAUAAUAUUCUGAACAGCGGCAUGCCUAUCGGUCUCUCCUCGGUCUGGCUGGCUGAGCUGUACCGCCUGGUUACCACCUAUAACAUAUUAGGAAAAGCCGGUUUCACACUGGAUUCACCGGAUGGCAACCGUGCUUUGAUCAACACGCUAAAUGACAACAUGUUGUCUGAAGAGGAAGACAGUCCCCUCCUUCACCACAAGAACCCAAGCACCCUGCCGCCUGCCAAGAGAGAAGGGAUGAAAUUCGCUCGGAGACUGCUGCUGGCUACGUGGGACUCAGUGUUGGAGAUUCUGUCAGCACCUUUAGAGACUUCCACCUCAGGUACUGCAAAUAGCGUUGCCGCAAUGCUUGGAGGUGAAUCCAAGAGGGAUCUAAAUCGUGAGAGGGACACCAUCUGCCUCAGCCUGGAUGGCCUGCGCCGAGCAGCACGUCUGUGCUGCACGCUAGGAAUCCAAACCCGUUGUGAACUGGUUCUAGCCCAGUUAGCAAAUGCCUCUUGUGGAGGAGAGGGUCUGGAAGCAAAAAGAACAAGGUCACAUUCUUCACCAGGAACUAUCAAGCUACACGCCGCGCAUGUCUUAAGUAUGGAUGGACUGCUGGCUGUUGGAGUAGAACUGGGCAGUCAUGCGCCAAAGUGUUGGAAACACGUGUUCAGAUGCUGUACGUACAUAUCGCAACUGGAACGCAUGCAUUUCAGUAACGGCAUUGGAGACUUUUCGUCCCACACAAUUCCGCCGAACUCUCUCCGAAUAAACCCCGACAUACCCUCGCCCAUGUCAGAAUCUUCAAGCAUUUCAGACUACCUCUCCGGAGAACUCUCUCCGAAUGGUUCUAGUGUUAUUCCACAAAGUUCCGAAAACGGUUCGGAACACGCACCCUCCAACGGCGGACUGCUAACUCCCGCGGACGCCUCCCGCGCCAUUUACGCUCUCUCAGCCGCGGUAGAUCGUCUUUUUGAGCACGCCGCCAAUACGUUGCACCUAGAAGGGCUUUUGUCUUUCCUAGAAGCUUUGGUCUCUGCUUCCAAGACUCAGCUGUUUGGUUCAGUAGUGGAAAAAAGUUCAAAUUCACCCGCAGGGGGAGCACCCGUUGCUUCAAAUGGCCAAUCGCCAUCUUUGAGCACAACUCUUCAUCUGUAUCGACUGGCGGAUGUAAUACUCAGGAGCGCCCGCAAUACCAGCAGACCACUGUUGCAUCUUAUGAGAGCAUGGGCGGUGAUAGCACCCCAUUUUGAGGAGGCAGCGACUCACAAGGACAGGCACAUUUCCAAGCUUGCAAUUACUUCCCUUCAUGACAUCAUGAAGGAGCUUUUGAGCAACCGCACUGAACUCCCUCAUUUCUGGUUCCACGAGUCCCUUUUGAGACCAUUUGACGGCAUCCUGUCUUCGACGUCAUGCAGUUUAGACGAUCAAGAACAAAUAUUAGCAACCCUUUCUCAACUGGUGGAAACUCAUAUGACCAGCAUUAAGUCUGGCUGGAGGCCAAUAUUUUCUUCCUUGAGGAAGAUGCCAGAAGUUUCUUGUAAGGCUUCGAACGACUCAAACACAGAACGCAAGCAUCAUCAAAUCCUUGACAUUCUCUCGGCUUUCUUAACAAACAAGAACUCGUCGGUGUUCGCAUCCGCUGCUGUGCAGUGUAUCCAAAUACUUCUCCUGCUCGUACGUGGUUCGGAAGUCGAUGGCAACUAUGAAGGUGGCCGAAGUGAUUCCGAUAACAACGGGAAGAGUGACUCAGAGAUAGUCAACGAGAUGUGCCCUCCAGCUUUGGAAUUCCUGCUGAACAUGUCAAAGAAGUUGGCUUCCAUUUAUAUCAUGCCUUCGAGUUUAGUCUUCCAUGGAUCACACGCAAUUCGUUUGGUGGAAUAUUCUUCGGAAUUUCCAGGCACUCCCAGUCCUUCUCUAAGUCCUAUAAAACAAAACGAUUCUAACAACCGGAAAGAAAAGAAUCCAAUCCCAACUAUGACGUCGGCGGCUUCAAUUGCUUCAAUCGACGACACUGGAGUUCUGCGCGUGUGGUUCCUAUUAUUAGAGGGGCUCACUAAGGUAGUCGCUCAAUGCCCCUGUAAAUUUCAGCCCCAAACUUUAGAAGUCUUGUUUGAUAUUUUGCGCUCGAUCACCACAGUACCAGGCCCUCACUUCUCUAUCUAUGUAGUCACGAAUCUCCUACUCCCAGUGCUUGAGUCCUGGGUUGAGCGAGGAAACAGGGAUGGCAGCUAUUGGGAGAAUACAGCGGCAAAUUUCAAGCAAGCAUGCGGUCUCGUGACUGAACUUGUGGUGGAGGAACUUGGUCAAUUCUUAAGCGUCCAAGGAGCUGCUGAGUGCGUUCCUGGAAUGAUUAAACAAACUUUGGAUCUACUGUUGGAGUGUGUUUCCCAACCUGUGGAAGGAAUUGCCAGGCUUGGGUGUUCUUGUCUCAGGCACCUAUUACUUUCGGGAGGACCAGUCUUUACAGAGGACCUGUGGCUCAUUGUUAGUGAGGGGCUUAGAGAGGCGGUACAUACGACCCUGUCAAACCUGAGGGACAUGGUAGCGUGCUUCCAACCAGGGUCAUUCAGCGUAAAUGGCGACGAGGGAAUGACGGUCAGGGUUGUUGCACGGCGAGAUGUUAUAACAGCAGAUAUGAUUCGACUGCAGCAAGUGGCAGAGCAAGUGUUCCUACUGGACAAUCAAGUUGAUAAGUCUACCAACCAUAAACAGGAAACGCCUAGGCCUGCGAACGAAGAAGAUGAUCAGCGGUCUUAUGUAUUUGUGUUGUCAUCAGUGGAAAAUAAAGAAAAACCUGAGAAUGCAGAUAGGGUCCCUCUUCGCGGUUUGUUGGUGAGUUUGCUUUCCCAUCAGCUCUUGCUGCAAACUCUCGGUUCCAUUCUCCUCGACAAUGCGGAGAGCGUCAUGGCACAAAGUUCGAACCCAGUCAACCCUCCAACCUCUCUAGAAGGUUUCAGUAAUGAGAGCUCCGAAGCGAAUCUUCCUGGUCUCCUUUCGUACCUCUCACCGGCUAAUUUAUCAGUGUUAUUUGAUUGCCUCAUGGAGUCUCACACAGUGGCCUACGAGUUCAACGCGCGACCUGGUUUAAGGUCGUUAAUUCAAAAGCUAGCCAAGCUUGACGCGCCCGCAAACCUCCUGCGGCAAUCCACGACAGCAUUCACGUGUUACCUCCACACUCUAUUCCAAAUUUGUAGACACAGUGGAGAGCACUUCUCCAGCUCUCAUAUUAAGCGCAUUCUGACGGGAGACCGGGUCACAAACAACCAGCAGGAUAAAGAAGACGAUGGCAUCAAAGAGGAGGCAGGGAAUAGCCCCGCGCGCCACAAUGACUUGCUCAAGGGAGAUCGCAACGUAGAUUGGAUUGUGCGGCGCUUAAACGAGGCUUGUGAUCAAUUGAGCAGCGUGUAUGUGCGUCUGUACAAUCAGUAUAAGAGCGAAGCUCAAAGCAACAUGUCAUUCGAGGUUGAUCUGGAGAGAAGUUUCUCAUUCUCGUCAACAUCUUCCCCUGCGCAUGCUCGUGAUAUCUCCAGUUGGAGCAAUGGUUAUCCGGAUGAACCGUUGCACUCUCCCCUCGGAAGGUGGAAACUCUCCUCCUCCUCCUCCUCCUCCUCCUCCUCGGAGAAAUUCCCUCGUGAUCCCAAAUCGAAACAUUAUCAACAACUCCUAGAGGAAGACAUCCGCAUGAUAGAACUUGAAAGACAAUUCUUGAAGCGAAAAGAAGACGAACUGCUUCAAGUAAACAUUUGGACAAAUCUGGUUAUAACCAUGCUAGAGCUGCUUCUUAGUUUACCUACGCUGCAGUUCAAAGCCGUUCUACCAGCGGUUUUUCCCGCUGUGACAUGCCUUAUUUCUACCGGCGCCGACACUAAGGUGAAGCAGUUGGUGUGUGAGGUUGUGCGGAGAGUCGGCUCCAUAUACGGCAUCUUAUGAAAAUUUACUGACAAUAAGUUAUAUGAAUUUAGGGAGGGGGAUAAAAUCAAUCCUUGCAGUAGCUGUGCGAUAUGAUAUAAUUUUUGAUGGGAGUACAGAAAGGCCAACGCCACUAAAACACUUGACGCCGGAAAGCUAGUUUUCUCAAAGUACCGCAUUUUUUUUCGCUCGCGAGGCGGACUACACUACACAAACUUAGGUAUCUUAAAGGAGAGCCGUAAAAUUUAUUGUGUUGUAAACGGAAAGCCAAUUAUGUUUGUCAGGCACAAGAAAAUAAGAAAAUAGUUGGCAAUUUAUGUGGAAAGGACCUUCGGUGGAGACUCAUGAAUAGACUAGAGCGAAGGUAAUGUUAGCUGUAAAAUGGCUGAACCAAAUUUAUGUACAUAAAACCAAAUGAAUGAUAGGGAACUCUUCAGACUUGCUCCCAAACAGAAAACCACGCGUUUCGGGAGCAAGAACUGUCAUAUGAGGAAAAAAACUUACAAUUUUCGUGUUAAUUUCUCCAAAUUUUUAUGUUCUAUGAGACGUAAUCCCGUGAAGUGUACUGACUUUCAACACUUUAAGCUGUGCACGUGACCUAGGAGUUCUGGUCCUAGUAUCUGAUUAGAAAUUUGAAAAAUUUCAAUUUGAAAUUUCAAGAGCUCUUCGCUAGGUUUUUGCGACUUUAUCUUAAGUAGAGAUGUUUCUUUAAAGGGUUAAAGAAGUAGACAAUAUAUAAAUAUGAUUCGUAGAUAACCAGUUUCAAAAAAUAAGGAAGCCCCUUUUGUCUGAUUUUCGUAAAUUUUUCAACGUGGACCAACGGCAAUCAGACAACACAUCUCAAAAAUGUUACAAUGGUAGUUGAUCUUGAGCUGGCAUAGUAAAAGCAGUAGUAAGCAAUAGCUAUAAAGCAAUUGCCUGUUAUGCUUAUUUACUUAAAGCGAUAAGAUCAUGGGUAUUCUUCUUGUUGAAAAAGAGCAUGCGAGAUUGGAUUAUAACCUUAAUUUUGUAUUUAGAUGUGUGUCUGUUUAGUCUU